ACCAGACCACUUCUCAGCGGAUCAACUUGACAAUGCAGGCCAUGAACCGCCGCAUGUCCAUGAACACUCAAACAACACCGUUCCCUAUCAUGGGUCAAUCCCCGAUGGCCAAUGACAACACUCCUUUCUUCUCCGGCAUGGCCAAUCCUCACAUGGCCGCACCGAACAUUCCUUAUUUCAUCAAGCCACUCCCACCGCGGAUUGGACCCGAUGAGGUGGCUUACCUUGAGAAGAAGGGUGCCCUCACGGUCCCGACAGGAACGCUCAGAAACGAGCUCCUUAAGGCUUAUAUCGACUAUGUACAUCCGUAUAUGCCCUUGCUUGACCUGUACGACUUUGUCAUGAUCGUGGAGAGUGGGAAUGGCACCCUUGGGCGGAUCAGCUUGAUACUGUUCCAAGCGGUCAUGUUCGCAGGCUGUGGUUUCGUCGACAUGAAUCACCUUCACGCAGCUGGUUACCUGACCAGAAAAGAAGCACGAAGGGACUUCUUCCAAAAGACCAGGCUCUUGUACGAUUUUGAUUACGAGUCAGAUCGUGUGUCGCUCGUCCAAGCACUGCUUCUGCUCACGUAUUAUUACGAGACCCCCGAUGACCAGAAGGACACGUGGCACUGGAUGGGCGUUGCGACAGCCGUUGCUCACACCAUCGGCCUUCAUCGAAACCCCGAACGGUCGAACAUGGAUUCCAAGCGAACGAAGCUAUGGAAGCGAAUUUGGUGGUCCACUUACAUGCGUGAUCGCCUCAUCGCUCUUGGGAUGCGUCGCCCGACGCGCAUCAAGAGUGAAGACUUUAACGUGCCGAUGCUCACCCUCGAUGACUUCGAGUGCGUUCCGAUCCCCGAGAGCGUGACUUGCGUCAGCUCGGAUUGCUUGGUUGCCCGCGAUGUUGAGAGGCAGCGCCAAUUGGCGGUCAUGUGCAUUGAGAAGGCCAAACUGUGCCUCUGCAUCUCGCAUGUGCUCAGCAAGCAGUACUGUGUCCUCAACAACAACCAAGGCCUUGUCAAUGAUCGAACCACCAUGAUGCUCCUACCCAAGAAAUUGGAUCCAGAGACAUCGGAGGUCCGAAUCUGCGAUGAUGAGUUGCAAGCCUGGUAUGACGGUCUUCCUCCGGAAGCUCAAUACCACGAAGGCUCGAGCGGCAAUGACUCAAUCGAUCUCAACAAGAGCUUGCUGCACAUGGUGUUCUUCACCACCCUUUCUGCUCUUCACCGACCGCAAGUUCUGCCCUCCACGCCGUCAAGUUCGCCGAGUAGCCCAGCGGGUUCCGAGCUGCUUGACCGGUCCCGCACCAGCGUGCGUCGGGCAGCCACCGCCAUCACGGCGAUCGCCCAGCAGCUCGACAAGCAAAACCUUGUCCGCUUCCUACCGACGACCGGCGUGACGGUCCUCCUCCCUGCCAUCAUCAUCCACCUCCUCGACAUCAAAUGCCCCAACGAAGAGACCCGCAAAGCUAGCCUCCGCGGAUUCUGCCAAUGCAUGCACGUUAUGGGCAAACUACGCGAGCUGUACGCCGCCGCGGACUACAGCACCGCCUUCUUGGAAGCCGCGAUCCGCAAGGCCGGCAUCCAGAUUGGUCCCGCCAAUGCCGUCUCCUCCCCUCAGAUCACCAAACACGGCAAGCAGCGCUCCAAACCUGCCACCGUCGCCGACCUCGUCUCCGCCAGUCGCUCCCUCGACGGCCUCAUCUCCACCGCCCCUUCCACUACCCCCCUAAAUCUCGGCACCAUGGCCGCCACCGCGUCCGCCCGCACCCUCACUCCACCACCCGAUCCCGCCACCCUCUCCCCCGGCCAUCAGGCCAUGCGCGUCCCAGCCGUCCCUGGCACCAUCUCCGACCCCGCGCAGUCCCUCACCGACACGUCCGGGAUCCCCGACGAGGAGGUGGCGCGGCGACUGGAGACGUUCCUGGCGAGCACGCCGCCGGGAUCGCACACGAGCGAGUCGGGCGCACACGCGGCGGUGCCGGCGAGUGGUGAUAGCUCGUACGGGUCGCAUGAUGACGACGUGAUGAUGAUGGAUGUCAUGGGCGCGAAGGGUGCGAAGUUGGCCCCUGUCGGCGCGGGCCUGGAUGGGUUCCGCGAGCUGAGUGCGAAUCUGAAGUUGGAUGACCUGACUGGGAAGGAUGGCGAGGCGCUGAUGUUGUGGGGUGCCGGUGGAGUACCGGAGUUUGAAGGCGAUGAUGCCGGUGCGUUUGAGAGCUUGUUGGAUUGGGAGGGUGUCGCCGGGGGAGAUAUGGGGGAGUUGAAGUGGGAUGAGUUGGAUGGCGCUGGAAACGAUAUUUGGGUCACUGGAGGGCUACUGCCCUGAGUCUGCUUGGUAACGACGGAUCGAUACGAUUUUGCUAUGGGAGGUUGGUGUUAGAAAAGUGCAUUUUACAUAUCUGGAUUAGGGCGCUUCAUUGCUUGUCUUCACGACAUCAGACACGGCCGUCGAAACGAUUUAGAUAUGGCUCAGAUACGUUUUCACAAAUGAAAUAAAUGUUAAUAAAAAA